AUGGAGUCUGUAAACAAUAAAGCUCUCAUCGAGGAACUUGAUAAAGUUAUUGAGCGACUGCUUGUGCCUUCUGAGUAUGCAAAAUCCCUAACAGGAGACUCAUUUGAUGAAGGAGACAUGUUCCAAAAUAUUCAGGCUUGCGAGUGGUUAGCCAAAGCUUUGAGUAGUCUUGAAGUGCCAAACAUAGACCCGAUCUAUGCUAAUAUGCAAGCUGUAAAAGAGAAACGAGCAGAGCUAGAAAAAAUAAAAGCUACUUUUGUAAAGAGAGCGUAUGAGUUCUUGAGAAACUACUUUACUAGUUUGGUAGAUUUCAUGAUCAGCGACAAAAGUUACUUUUCUCAGAGAGGUCAGCUGAAGAGGCCAGACCAUGCAGAUUUGCGGUAUAAAUGCAAAACAUAUGCUCCUCUUUUGCAACAUUUAAAGCUUCUUGAUAAGAACUCUUUGGGACCGUUAAGAAAAGCAUACUGCAUCUCCCUGAACUUGCUCCUUCGCCAGGAGGCUCGUGAAUUCGCGAAUGAGCUUCGUGCAAGCACAAACGUAUCACCAAAGCCUACUGUCUGGCUAGAGGGAUCUACGGGUUCUGAUCAGAAUGCAAAUACUGACACCUCUGUAGUAUCAGAUGCUUAUGCCAAGAUGCUAACAGUGUUUAUCCCGCUUCUUGUAGAUGAGAGUUCCUUUUUUGUGCACUUCAUGUGUUUUGAGGUGCCAGCUCUUGAUGAGACUGACAAGGAAACUGGUAAAAACUCCCUAGACCUAACGGCAUUGAAUGAAUGUCUUCAAGUUUUACAUGAUGGUAUUCAGGAGGAUUUCUAUCCUGUUGUUGACUGGGCAAAUGAAAUAGAUACCCUACGAUGCAUAUCAAUGCAUGGUAUAACGCAACGAUGCCUAUCUGGUCAAAAAGAUGAUGCUGCAGGAUUUGUUGGCCUUUUGCUUGGAGAUCUUGACUUGAGGGUUUAUAUGCAAUUCAGCCGCUUUGUGGAUGAAGCUUGUCACCAGAUUGAAAUAAAUGAAAGUAAUGUAGGACAGGUGGGCGUCUUGCCGUAUAUUCCAAGAUUUGCAGAACUUACUACUCGUAUGGAACAGUAUAUACAAGGGCAAUCUAGGUAUUUGGUUGAUCAGGCAUACACAAAAUUCGUAAGCAAAAUGUUUGUGACCCUCGAGAAAAUUGCACAGCAAGAUCCUAAGAAUGCAGAUAUUGUCCUUUUGGAAAAUUAUGCUGCCUUUCAGAAUAGCCUGUAUGACCUGGCUAAGGUUGUGCCCACUUUAGCCACGUUCUAUCACCAGGCAAGUGCAGCAUAUGAAGACGCUUGUACCCGCCACAUUAGCAUGAUAAUAUACUACCAAUUCGAAAGACUUUUCCAGUUUGUUAGAAAGAUUGAGGAUUGUAUGUAUACUAUCACACCUGAAGAGAUACCAUCACAGCUCGGUUUGUCAAAAAAAGAACUCCGGAUGAUGAUAAAAGCAAACUUGUCAGAGCUGGACAAAUCGUUUGAAGCAAUGUAUACAAAGUUGCAGAAUGAUUUAGCAUCGAAGGAGUUGCUUCCACCGUUAUGGGAUAAAUGCAAGAGGGAGUUUUUGGACAAGUACGAGAGCGUCGUGCAGCUCCUAGCCAAAGUUUACCCUAAGGAAAACGUUCCUGGGGUAACUGAAAUGAGAAGACUUCUUGAUUCAAUGCAAAAAAAUUGA